AUGUCUCAAAGUGAUCGUAUGCCCAAAAUAGAUCUAAGCAAGCUAAACAAGACUGAAUUGAAUUUUAUUAAGAACAUUGAAGAGAAAAAUAGAGUGAGAGUGGAGAAAUUAAAGAAGUUAAGAAGGAACAAUCUUAUUACAGCUGGUAUACUAGGUGCUGGAAUUUUGGGCAUAUAUGGUUAUUCCAUGUAUGCAGUAAAACAGGAAAAUUUCCUGGACGAUUUCGACGAGCCUGCCAAAACCACACAAUAA